AUGAGGGAAAUUAUCAAUUUGGCUAUAGGCCAAUGCGGUAACCAAGUCGGUACUGCCUUUUGGGAUAAAAUCUGUGGAGAACACGGUCUAGAUAGAAAUGGUAAUUAUCAUGGGAAUGAAGAAAUUCAACAGGCGAAACUAGAUGUUUACUUCAACGAAGUAUCUUCUGAGAAGUACAUCCCAAGAGCAGUGUUAGUUGAUUUAGAUCCAGCAGCUAUCAAUGAGGUCAAGGAUUCCAAGAAUGGUACCCUAUUUACACCUGACAACUUGGUUUCCGGACAACGCUCCACUGAAAACAUUUGGUCAACAGGUUUCCACACUAGUGGAGCUGAGUUGGCUGAUUCAGUUAUGGAUGUAGUUAGAAGAGAAGCCGAAGCUUGUGACUUUUUACAAGGUUUCCAAAUUACCCAUUCACUAAGCGGUGGUACUGGUUCAGGUAUGGGUAGUUUAUUAAUGACCAAAAUUAGAGAAGAAUAUCCAGAUAGAAUGAUGGCCACUUUUUCGGUUGUUCCUUCGGAAGUGAAUGCACACAUUCUUGAUCCAUAUAAUGCUGCAUUUUCAAUUCAUCACUUGAUUGAAAACUCUGACGAAACUUUCUGUAUCGACAAUGACGCUUUAAGCAGCAUUUGUAGAAGAACACUGAAAUUUCAUGAACAAAACUAUGCACAAAUGAACAAUUUGGCAUCAUCAGUUAUGUCGGGCGUUACCUCUUCGUUGAGAUACCCUGGCCAAUUGAACUCUGAUUUAAGAAAGUUAGCAGUGAAUCUAGUUUCAUUCCCAAGGUUGCAUUUCUUCCUGGUCGGCCAUGCGCCUUUACCUUCGAAUAAUUCAAUUUCCACCAGUCCUUCAGUUCUGGAAUUAACUCAUCAAAUAUUCAACCCAGAGAACAUGAUUACAACAUCUGAUCCAACAAGUGGUAGAUGUCUAGCCGGGGCUGCAUUCUUCAGAGGAAAUUUUUCUGUCAAGGAAAUCGAAGACGAAAUGCACAUGGUUGGAAGUAAGUACGAGUCUUCAUUCUUUGAAUGGAUUCCAAAUAAUGUACAAACUACUAUAUGCUCUGUCCCUUCUGAGGGAUCUGAGACGUCUGUGUCAUUUAUUGCUAACAACACCUCAAUUAAAGACUUAUUCAUUAGAGUUGGUGAUCAAUUCAGAGCCAUGUUCAGAAAAAGAGCGUUUAUCUUAACUUACACCUCAAUGGGUAUGGAUGAAAUCGAUUUCAUCGAGGCUGAAUACAAUAUAAAUGACUUAAUCAGCGAGUAUCAUCAGGAUCAAGAUGCAGAAAUUGACGAUGACGAAGAAAACUAA